AUGGACCUAGGGUGGCAUAAUCUGUCACCUGGAGACGAUCAACAGCCCAACUCUCUGACAAGCUUGGACCAAAGAAAGCAGAGAAAUGUGGAAAGAACCUGGCUUGUACUGUUCGUCUAUGACCGCAGUAUAAGCUUACAAACUGGGAAGCCUCGAAUGAUCGACCGAAGCAGUUUUCUCGAGUCAGUCGACACCUGGUACCGAUCGCCGUUGGCAUUGCCGAGCGAUGUUCUCUUAUGUGCCUUCGUUUCGCUCCGGCUCCUAACAUCAGAGGUCUUCGAGCUUCUUGAAAUCCAACGUGCCCCAAGUCCGCAAAGUCCAACUCAUCAAAUCGAAUCUCUGUUGAAGAUCAUCGAAAGGCAAGUCAAGGCGUGGCAGGAGCACUGGCUGCGAAUUGCCGAGAAUGGUGUGUCCGCAAUCCGUGAUAAAUCUCUUUGGGUUGUUCUGACCUCUAAUCAGCUGGAUGCGAAGCUUGUAACAAACUUCUGA